GUGUUUGUAACGCAGACAUGGCGCUGCUGUAACGUGAACACACGCACUGAAGGCAAAGCGCCGCUGCUAGGGAGCGACAAUCACUCUGAAUGCUUUUCUUUACGGGAUUUAUAUUCACCAGGAUCGGCGUUUCUUUUUCGUGCUUUUCCCAGUUCUUGGAUUGAGAUAUUCGAGUUGAUUUAACGCGCGGCUCUUUGAGCCCUGAUGUGAUUUCAAAUUGGUACAAAGUUGCAGUUCCCGGAGCUGCCAGCCAGUCAGCCUUACCUACUCCGUGCUGGACGGACACGCUGCUCCUGUGACCUUACAGACGACGAAAAGGAAGGGGGGGCUAGAAAAGUUCUGUCACUUCAGCCAGCUUCGGCAGUUUGCCUUUUUUUCACCGCUUCACAGUUGGCCAGGCUGACUUUCAAGCCGGGGAGGUCAGCGAUUUUGCCACCAUGCCGGCUAAAACGAAAUACAAUCUAGUGGACGACAAUCAUGAUUUACGAAUUCCUUUGCACAACGAAGAAGCUUUCCAGCACGGCAUCAAUUUCGAGGCAAAGUAUAUUGGAAGCCUGGAUGUCCCCAGACCGAACAGCAGAGUGGAGAUUGUCGCGGCUAUGAGGAGAAUACGGGUAAGGAUUUUGGUCACCUGUGUGCCUUGUGGUCCCAGAAGAGAAAAUGAAACUUCGACUUCAUAUUUCUACUGUUUUGAAUAGAAAGACCUAAACUGUUGUGGGUUCAUAAAUGAUGAUGAUAACUCGGUGCCUUCCCAUAUUUGCUUAUUGUGUGAUCCGAUUUCCAGUGCCGGAUUGAGUGUAUGAUUUCAUGCUUAGUGAUAUUUAAUUUGUUUCAGUGGCUGUAAUGUGUUAAAUGUCUUGCAUCUCGCCGUAUCGAUGUAUGCUGGAGCCUGUAAGCACAUUUCCCACGGG